UCUUUAGUCUGUGGUCAUUCACGAUCGCGACUUGAAAUUCGCGAAACAAUCUAUUUGUUUUGUUUUGAAUAAACUUAAAACUUAAAAUUGUGAAUUUUUGUACUGAAAUGUGGUAGUGUCUAGUGUUAUAAUAACAACAAUCGAUAUGGAUAACAAAUUCCUUAUUAAUAAUUUGGGGAAGGGCAGCCUGAAGGUGACCAUCACUCCGUCGCAGCCCAAGACCCUCACCCACCUGCCCAAGAGGCCGCCGGUGGAUCUGGCGUUCACGGACCUCACGUACAAGGUCCAAGAAGGGAGAAAAAGCAAUGUGAAGACGAUCCUCAAAUCGGUGUCAGGGAGACUGCGCUCCGGAGAGCUGACUGCCAUCAUGGGUCCAUCUGGCGCCGGCAAGUCGACGCUCCUCAACAUACUCACCGGAUACAAGACAUCAGGAAUGGAGGGCAGUAUCACAGUCAACGGCAUGGAACGCAACCUGUCCAGCUUCCGCAAGCUGUCCUGCUACAUCAUGCAGGACAACCAGCUGCACGGCAACCUCACGGUCGAGGAGGCCAUGGCGGUUGCCACCGCGCUCAAGUUACCCAGUGUCACCUCCAGGGCUGACAAAGAGGAAGUGAUCCAAGAAAUCCUCGACACGCUGGGCCUAUCGGAGCAUCAUAAAACCAUGACAUCAAAUCUGUCUGGAGGUCAGAAGAAACGUCUCUCUAUAGCCCUGGAGUUAGUCAACAAUCCACCCAUCAUGUUCUUCGAUGAACCAACAUCUGGAUUGGACAGUUCCUCGUGCUUCCAAUGCAUAUCGCUGCUGAAGAAUCUGGCCAGAGGAGGCAGGACCAUCAUCUGCACCAUCCACCAGCCCUCGGCGAGACUGUUCGAGAUGUUUGAUCACUUGUACACGUUAGCAGAUGGCCAAUGUGUUUACCAAGGCAGCACUGGACGAUUGGUGGAGUGGCUCGGCAGUCUCAGUCUACAGUGUCCUUCGUACCACAACCCCGCGUCCUUCAUAAUCGAAGUCUCUUGCGGAGAGUACGGAGACAACACCGGCAAACUGGUUCGGGCUAUUGAGAACGGAAAGAAUGAUAUCAGAACCGGCAUGCCACUACCAAAAAUGGCGGAAUACAACAACAAGAGGGACAUGGACCAGUCGUUGAAGACCAACGACUGGAACAAGAACGACGCGUCGCAAGUGCAGGACAAGAUGGCGGACGUGCCCAACGGCGCCAACGGCACCAACGGGACCAACAACCUGCACAACGGACUGCUGCAGUUCGCUGCGAACGAAAUCGCUAAAGGCAAAGGUGACCAAGUAGUGCAAGUGGAGACCGAAAAGCAAGACAACGCAGAAGUAGCGCUGCUGGGAACGGACGGCUCCCCGCGCCGGUACGCCACGUCGGAGCUCACGCAGUUCUGGGUCGUGCUCAAGCGGACCCUGCUCUUCAGUAGGAGGGAUUGGACGCUGAUGUACCUGCGGCUGUUCGCGCACAUCCUGGUCGGGUUCCUGAUCGGCGCGCUGUACUACGACAUCGGCGACGACGGCUCCAAGGUGCUGUCCAACCUCGGCUUCCUGUUCUUCAACAUGCUGUUCCUCAUGUACACCUCCAUGACUAUCACCAUCCUCAGCUUUCCUCUGGAGAUGCCGGUGCUUAUAAAAGAACACUUCAACAGAUGGUACUCACUGCGGUCCUACUACCUCGCCAUCACUGUAUCGGAUAUACCGUUCCAAGCUAUAUUCUGCAUAAUCUACGUGGUGAUCGUGUACCUGCUGACGUCACAGCCGCUGGAGUGGUUCCGCUUCUCGAUGUUCCUGUCGUCGUGCCUGCUCAUCGCCUUCGUGGCGCAGAGCGUGGGGCUGGUGGUGGGGGCCGCUAUGAACGUGCAGAACGGCGUGUUCCUGGCGCCAGUGAUGUCGGUGCCGUUCCUGCUGUUCAGCGGUUUCUUCGUGUCGUUCAACGCGAUCCCGGUGUACCUGCGCUGGAUCACCUACGUGUCGUACAUCCGCUACGGGUUCGAGGGCACCGCGCUCGCCACCUACGCCUUCAACCGCACCAAGCUGCAGUGCCACCAGGUAUACUGCCACUUCAAACACCCAGACACGACGCUCGAAGAGCUGGACAUGCAGAACGCUGACUUCACCCUCGACAUCGCGGCGCUGUGCCUCAUCUUCGUGGUGCUGCGUAUAUCCGCCUUCCUCUUCCUGCGCUGGAAGCUGAGGUCCACCAGAUAAGCUUAAUAUAAAAGGGUGAGUUUUUGAACGGGAUUACUACAAAAUAUACUCAGAGGCACAAUAGGCUACUUGCCUCCUUUGUAAACAGUGUUUAAACUGAUUUAUGGAAGUAUUAUAAGCUAUAUUUUAUUUUGUCCUGCCGCCGCCGAAACACAACACAUUAGCAAGUGACGUCAUUCAUAGAGAUAACAGUGUGAUUGGCGUUUGAGUUAUAUCACGUCACCGCAAGCGCCAAUCACAAACCGAUGCCUUGUAGCGAAUGACGUCACAGUUUAUGAUUGGCGUUUGCGGUGGCGUGAUAAAAAUACAAUUUUAUUUUAUAAAAAUAUUACUAUUACGAGAUUAUUUUCACAAAUAAAAAAAAUCUGAUCAGAGUUUCUAGGCACCUAAACUGCCUAUAUGCAAAAAAUCUUCUUAGUCUUGUACAGCAGGUGAGUAGUUUAUUAUCCGCCCACUUUAAUAUACUCGCGUCAUAUUGAACUGGGCGGAUAAUUGUGCCUCUGAGUAUAUUUGUAAUAUUCUCUUCAAUAGUUAGUGUAUUUCAAUCUGUAAAAACUCACUCUGUAUAUCUGUAUACUAAAAAUAAUGUUAAAAUGUAGUUAUAUAUAGGUAAAAUGUUGGGACUGUUGAAACUUCAUUCUCUGUGACAUUAAAAAUGUUCGCUAAUUAUGGCUUGGCGCGCAGUCCUUCUCUUUGCCCCGAGCGCACGACUUCACACCCUCGCAGGACUCAACAAAGUGGCCUGUAGUAUUGGACGUUCAAGUUAUUCUGUAAUUUAAUAAUUCAUGUUACAGUAAUUUAAUUUUGAAUGUCACAGUGAGUGAAGCCCUCGGCGUUUAUUUAUAAGAGGUCUCAAAUGAAACUUGACCGCAGUUAUUGUGAUAAUAGGUGGUUUUUCGAAUAUACGUAAAAUGGUGUUGUCUUGUGGUUAUGGCGAAUACGAUAUUUGUGACAUACGCAAUACAGUACUACCUUCGACGCUUCAACGAAUUCCUACAAUAAGCCGAGUAUUGUAUAUACAGGGUGCUCGGGAACUUUUCCAUAACUUCAAAGUGAUAAGUCCACUUAAAGGAGCCGAACUGCAUAAAUAUAUUUUUAUUUAACUAAAACAUAAACUUUAUAUGUUUCAUACAUUUUGCAUUUUAAAAUACGUAAUCGUAGUAAGACUGUCAACAUCUACGAGAUAUUGAAAUUGGCACUUCGCACUUCACUAGUAAGCUACUUCAUGAUAUAUAUCAAUGAAUAAGUUUGGCUAGGUCAUAAUAUAAGGAUGCGAUAUAAGGAACACAAUUUAAGAUCUAUUUACAAUAUAAAUAUUUCUGAAAAUAUUAAUUUUCACAUGUUCCUUGGACAUUUUUAAUUAAUUUCCUUGAAAAAUAUAACCCUAGAGUUAUGGGAAAUACUCCCGAGCUACAUGUAUACAAAAAAAAUAUAAUGUCAUAAAUAUAAAACUUUCCCUUUCCCGUAAGAAUACGGGUAUAAAAUAUAGCCUAUAGCACUCGGGGAUAGUGUAGCUUCCGAACAGUGAAAGAAUUUUUCAAAUUUGUUCAAAAGUUUCAGAGCCUAUUUAAUGAAAAUAAACAAAUCUUUUCUUUUUAUAAUAUUAGUAUAUAUUAGCCGCCUUCUUCUAUACUGCGUAGGUGAGGACUCGGAUAUAUAUUUGUCUGUAGUUUAUUAACAUUUAAUUACAUGUAUGUAAUUUUUUUUUUUUUUUUUAAUAAGCAAGCGCUUAGCUGCAAUCAUGCCUGGUGGUAAGCGAUGAUGCAGCCUAUGGUGGAACGCGCUUGCCUAGAAGAUGCCUAUUCACUCUUGACUUGAAAAUACCCAUGUUGUAGGUGGUGGGGAAAACUAAAGCUGGGAGAGCAAAUAAGGAUUCAUAAUACAAUACAGGAUUCGCCAUUGCCAACAGACAAAAGGAAGUUAGAUUUUCGAGUAUAAUUGGAGUUAAAUGUACGAAAAACGAGCUAUGACGCGUCUUAAUAUAUAAUACAUAGGUGGUAGGAGCAUGACAAUUAUUUAUGAUUACACUAGCUAUGUACUAAGUGCCUUCUAUACUUUUACAAUUUUAUACAAGACAAUGUUGUUUUUCAUUGUCUUAUAUGAAAUUCUAAAUGCUUUAAUCUGUUUUAGAAUAUAACUGAUGUUGCAUACAUUCAUUUACAAAAAGCUGAGUUUCAAAAGUAAAUACAUAUAUUGUAGGAAUAUGUACACUUCCGAGCAAAGAAAUUGAGCAUCCUGCUUUGUCUGUCUCGUCGUUAAUGUUUUUCGUAGCCACAUUAUUAAUAAAUUAUAAUAUUAAAUUACUAAUGAAUAUUAGUAUUGAAACAAACUGUUUGAAAGGUUAUUUAAUACCCUUUUAUGUUAAUUACCUUUGAAUCAAAAACUCUUGACAUUAAUCAGUAAAUACUCUAACAGAAAAGCAAAAAUAUUUUUUGGAUUUAAUUGAAAAAAAAAUUAUUAAAAAAAAAACAAUUAAAAAAAAAAUAAUUUAAAAAAAAACAAUUAAUUAGAAAGAUAACUUGAUUUCAAUGAUUAACAUAUACAAUUACAUGGUACUAAAAAUAUUAACGACGAAACAUAGAAAUUGCAGGUGGAUCCAUUUUCUUUGCUCCCAAGUGUAUUUAUAUAAAACUAGCAUUUUCAAUGGAGAUACACAAUAUGUAUUUGAAUUGUUUCGGUGAUAGAUUUGACGAGUUAUAAUUAAAUAGGGGUUAUUAAUUAUAUUUAUUAAUAAUGAUAAUAAGAAUCCAUGAAAUGUAAUGUUGAUAAGCUAUAUGUUUAUAAAGUGUUAUGUUUGUUGAUAUAAUUAUUCAAAUGUAUUGUUCAAAGUUGAUGAAUUUUCAUGAAGUUCUUUUACGUUGUAAUUUUAAUAAUAGGCGUUAACAAUAUUUUGUAUAAUAUGAAAAUCUUAAUAUGUUUAAAAAUACAUUCUAAAUAAUGACUGGCAUGAAUAAAAAUAUAUAAAUAUACCUAUUUAGCUAAAUACAAAAUUGUGUACAUAAACAAAAAUGGAUGUACCAAAAUACCUCGGAUUUUUUUGAAGACUGUUAAAAGCUACCUAAAACUUGAUAUGCACAAUUAUACUUUGUAUAAUUGUGCAUAUCAAGAAUAGGCCAUUCGUACGCUGAUUGAGUGUUUUAUAUAACUGACGCCAACACUCCUGGCAUUUGUGACUUAUGUACUGAUUUCUGGAUAUCAUUAAUUAUUAUGAAUAUGUAUACACACUCAGAUUCUUAGUAAAUACUCAAUUGAAAGUAUCAUGCACAACUUGCAGUGCUCAAAUUUUAUUACCAGUGGGGCGUUUUAGGGACACCCUCAGGGGAUCAUUCAGUUGCUGAGUGUCGAAUUUAACUUACAUUUGUUUGAGAAUUUGACACUCAGCGGGUGAAUGAUCCCCUGGGGUUGCCCCUACAACGUCUAUGAAUUCCACUGUAAUAGUUUCGCAUGCCAGGAGUGUUGACGUGAGAUACAGUUUAUUUAAAUAUUGAUUUUUAAAUGAAAUAUACAAAUCUGCAUUCUAGAAAUUUUAAACUAUUUUUUCUGGGCAGUUGGUAAUGCUUUGACUUACACCAUAGCGGUUUUGGGUUCAAUUCCCAGCUCGUACUAAUUUAGGAUUUUCGAUUUAAUAAACUAGCUCUGAUCUGGUCUGAUAGGAUGCCUUGACCCCAUGAGGGGUCUUAGACUUUUAAAAAGAAAAUCUAUGAAAAAUUAUUUUAUUUCAUUAUUUGUUAUUUAAUAAUCAGAUUUGUUUAUAGUCGAAUUAGAACAAUAUUAUACAUAUAUACAAUACGAUUCAAAUUAUAUAACAAAUGUUAAUUUUGCUCAUUUAGUACGUAAGCGGCUUGCCUUUAAAUUAUCUUGCCUAGAUUAGGCGCGUUUGAGGAAUAUGGUAGUGUAACAAAUAAAAACACUUAACAAAUCAUUCCUAUACAUAUAUUUUUUUGUAUUAUAUGUAUUUAUUGUUGUUAUAUGUAUACUUUAUUAAAAUACUACAUUAUUAAUUAGUAACUUAAGGGUGCUGAUACUAAAAUAUUCGUUUGAGUUUCGUCCAAUUUGCAUUUGUUUAAAAAAUGAAUUAGGACAAAAAAUCUGCUUCAAGUUAGCAGUAUUUAUUAAAACUCAUAAAAACAAAAUUAUAAAAAUGACAAACAAUUCGCCAUCUAAAUCGCUUGAAUUACCAAAUAAAAUAAAAAUGAAAUUUAAAUACAAAUAUAUCAAAAUAAUAUUUAUUUAUAAAUAGUAAUCGGUUUUUAUUUAAGAUGGUCAUCGCUUAGCUUUAAUUUAUUACCUUGCCUUAAUAUUGAUUUAUUUACUAUAAUUUUUUAGACUACCAUAUUGCUAUUUUUUUUUAAUUUAAGCGUAAAUUUUAAAGACUAGAUCUCUUGCAGGAAGGGCGAAUUAUUAUCAGCGAAUUCCUGACUAUAAAUGUCAAAAAUAAAAAAAAAAUGUAAGAAUCGCACGAAUUUCGCCUUUUCCAAUGAGGAAUUAGGGAUCAUGGUUAUAUUUUACUUGUACUUAGUUUUGUAAACGCAUAGACAAAAUUAUGGUCCAAUAAACUUAUGGUUAGUUAUGGUUUUUAGUAUGUAUAAAGUUUCUAUAUUUUUUUAAUAAAUGGUUUAAUGUGAUA